UGCGGCGCGGUGGGCGGGACUAAGGCGGGCGUGGAGGCGAUUGGCCGGCGGCCCGACGCCGCUCGUGACGCACCGCGCGGGGAGGGUGCGCGCGCCUUCAGCGGCCUCUUUGUGUGGUGCCCUGAUAGGGGAGCGGAGGUGGCGGCCGCGGCUGCCCUGGUGGGGUUCCAGCGUCCUCGGCUCGCCCUCGGGCCGGCAGCGCGCCCCUUCCCGCCCCCUCCCGCCCCUUCCCCGCCGGCGGCGGCGGCGGCCGGGCCCGGGCUCCGGCGAGGCCUCGGCGACCGCUAACGGCGACGGCGACGCGGCGGAGCGCGCAGGGCGGGGGCAGGGCCCGGGUGGCCGACAUGGAGAACUCGCAGCUCUGUAAGCUGUUCAUCGGCGGCCUGAACGUGCAGACGAGCGAGUCGGGGCUGCGCGGCCACUUCGAGGCCUUCGGGACGCUGACGGACUGCGUGGUGGUGGUGAACCCCCAGACGAAGCGCUCCCGCUGCUUCGGCUUCGUGACCUACUCGAACGUGGAGGAGGCGGACGCCGCCAUGGCCGCGUCGCCGCACGCGGUGGACGGCAACACGGUGGAGCUGAAGCGCGCCGUGUCGCGGGAGGAUUCGGCGCGGCCGGGCGCGCACGCCAAGGUGAAGAAGCUGUUCGUGGGCGGCCUCAAGGGCGACGUGGCGGAGGGCGACCUCAUCGAGCACUUCUCGCAGUUCGGCGCGGUGGAGAAGGCGGAGAUCAUCGCCGACAAGCAGUCGGGCAAGAAGCGCGGCUUCGGCUUCGUCUACUUCCAGAGCCACGACGCGGCCGACAAGGCGGCGGUGGUCAAGUUCCACCCGAUCCAGGGCCACCGCGUGGAGGUGAAGAAGGCGGUGCCCAAGGAGGAUAUCCACGCGGGCGGCGGGGGCGCGCGGGCGGCUCGGGGCGGGCGCGGCGGCGGCCGGGGCCGCGGCGGAGGCGGCGGCCGCGACCAGAACGGGCUGGCCAAGGGCGGCGGCGGCGGCGGCUACAACAGCUACGGCGGUUACGGGGGCUACGGCGCCUACGGGGGCGGCGGCGGCGGCGGCUCGUACGGCGGCAGCGACUACGGCAACGGCUUCGGCGGCUUCGGCAGCUACAGCCAGCACCAGUCCUCGUACGGGCCGAUGAAGAGCGGCGGCGGCGGCGGCGGCGGCGGCAGCUGGGGCGGCCGCAGCAACAGUGGACCGUACAGAGGCGGCUACGGCGGCGGCGGCUACGGCGGAGGCUCGUUCUAGAAGCCGGGUUCCGGAUGCCAGGCGGCGGCGGCGGCG